AUGCAACGUUCGGGUUACGAUCCAUACAAAGACAAUGCCAGCUCCUCUCACCGCGACCCCGACCGCGACCGCGAACACACCAUGAGAGACCCUCAUCCCGCCAACGCUGCUGCUUUCGACCGCCGCAGGCCUCCUCACAUGCAGCCUUCGGGCCUAGCUCACAAUCACCCGGACUACGAUGCUUCACACCAUCCUCCAACCCUCUCUCCACGCCAACCUACCGCAGAAGACGGCUGGCCUGUCGCCAUGAACGAACACACGCACAGGCAGCACCAGCACCACCCACCACCGAGCCGCUACGCCUCUGAGCAUCCCUCGUCAUCGGCGCUACCACCCACACAAGACCAUCCCUAUCGCUCCUACAACCCGCGCGACCCAGAUGCACGCCGACAUCAGCAGUACUCUGACGACCGCUCCACCCGAUACCCAUCGCAUCCCUCGCACUACGACGGCUACGACCAGCGCGACAACCCAGCCCACGACGGCCAAGCUCACCAAGCGUCCUACCGCCACUCCCCGAGAUAUCACUACUCGCAUCCCUACCCUUCCCAGCCCCACCAUCAUCACGACUAUCGCUCCGAAGAACCGCCACCUUCUAGCGCACACUCCCGCCAUGCAUUGCCCUCGCCACGCAAUCUCCACCGUUCCGAGCCGCGCUAUUCUCCUCCGAGCGACAGCGCCGCACGAGACGCUCCCCCGCACCUCCACAGGUACCCGCCCGCCACUCACCAGUACGCUCGCCGUCGCUCUGACACUGCCUCCCUCGACGCGCGCACGCCUCUGGACUCGCAGAACGGCGCAGCUCCCAGCUCCUCUCGCGCUGCCAUCUCCUCUUCCUCCUCGUCGUCCCACCAUGGCGCGUCAGCAGCUUCGUCCGCAACCGUAUCGGCUUCCGGCACGGCUCCUGGCUCCACCUCCGCCGCGAGGAAGCGCAAGAAGCAGUUCAAGUACAUGCUCGAGCACGACGUCUCAGAGCCAUCCAAAGCUUCCGCCGCUGCCACUCCCGACGACGACCACGAGCGCAGUGGUGCCGAUCCUGCCGAUGCCGCCGAGGGCGUUCCCGGUCCAGCGCAACCGCACAAGGGGAGCCGCAAAAAGGUCAAGAAGGCCUGCGUGUUUUGCAAGCGCAGCCACAUGCCCUGCGAAGAGGCCCGUCCGUGCAAGCGAUGCGUCAAGCGUGGCAUCUCGCAUCUCUGUCGCGACGCCGAGCCUGCCGGCGCUGCAGGUGCAGCCUCCACCUCGGCCACCACCUCCUCAUCGUCCGCCCCGAGCCACAUCGCCGCACCGACGCCCACCAAGCGCAGGUUCGGCGAGGCGCGCAACCACGCGCUCAGCCGCCGCAACAAGGCUGUAGCCGAGACCGAGACCGACUCGGACGCUGAGAGCAUCACCUCGUCCGCCGCCUCCUCGCUGCGUCCGCGCACGGGCAGCGAGAGGCGCACGAGUCAGCCGUUCGACAUGAUGGACGUCAUGCCCGGAGCCACCGCACGCGAUCCAGACAUUCGCCCCUCCAUGUCCAUCUCGGGCCUGCUCAGUCCCGCCAAGAUGGAGCUGCAGCACCGUCCGGCCAAGCGCGAACCCGUCUCGGCAAAGGAGCAGGAGGAUGCGUGGAACCGCUCCAUGGACGCGCGCAUGCAGUCCAAGAUGAAGCACAUGCUCGAGGCCGGUCCGGCCGCGGCGGAUCUGAGCGACAUCUUUGGCGAGAUGCCGACGUCGCUGCUCAUGACGCCUGCCAUGGCCAACCUGCCCAAGGCGCAAUCGCUGCUGCGGCCGAGCUCGGCCGAGCUACCCGCGAGUCCGCGCAGCGCCGAGGUCGGCCGGCUGAAGCGAUCCCAGUCCAUGACGGCCAGCAGCACGCAGGAGCACGAAUGCGAAGUGGACGAGGCUGGCUUCAAGCUUCCACUGCGACCCAAGCAUUUGCUGCAGGAAGAGAUGGCGACGACCUCGGCGCUGCGAGGAGGCAAGCCGAGCUACUCGUACACGUUUGGCUACGCCAAGCUUGCGCGGUGGAUGCACACGCGCUUCUCGCGCGAGAGCUGCGAACAAGUCGAUCGCAGCCUGGCGGUGUUUCGUCCGAAGCUCAUGGAACUCUCUCGCAGCUUACCCGAAGAGGAGUUGAUUGGGGUUGAAGACAACUUCUACCAGCUUCUUGCGUGGUAUCAAGCCAACGUGCUGGAAGCUGUCCCUGUCCCGAUGAUCGUCACCCGCCGGACGGGUGAGAUCUACGCAGCCAACUCGCAUGCGUGCAAACUGAUGCAACUGCCCGAAUCGAUCUUUGAGGGCGGACAGAUCUGCCACUACCAACUCGUCACCGAACGGGACUGCGUGAAUAUGUGGGGCAAGUACGCGCAAGAAGCGGCCCGAACACUCUCCACUCCACCGACGCAGAAUGUGACGCUCGAGGUGGACCGCAGCUUGCUGCUGUUCAAUCAGCCCGCAUUCGAUCCUCGCACGGGCGAGAUGCUCGGCGACGGAACCUGCCCUGACGGCACCAUCGCCGUGCUCAGGAAAAGAGUCGUCGUCACGUUCGAGGCAAAGGUCAGCAAACACGGCCUGCCUUUCCUCGUUACGGGCUUUAUCAUCCCCAUCCCCGAAGACUAG